AUGAUAUCCGCGCUCAAAGUCACGGUCGCUGCCGUGCUCCUGCCGGGCCAGCGGGACAGCAUCCUCCACGUCACGUUCGCCUCCUCCUCCGUGACGGAGCUCCUGCACAACUGGGCGCUCCACGUCCAGAGGCUGCGCUUUGCCGCCGUCGUCGCGGCCAUCGACCUCGAGACGGCCGCCUUUUGCGAGGAGCUCGGCGUCGACGCGGUCGCCUACCUGCUGCGGCUCGGGCAGAGGCCGGUGGUGGUGUCGGACGUCGACGUGGCGUGGCUGUCCGACCCGACGCCCAUGGUGCGGGGCACGCUGCCGGGCCUGGCCGACUUUGCCCACGCCGACCUCCUCGCCUCCUCGGACUGCGUCUCUGCCGAGUGGGACGUGGAGGACGACGGCUGCUUCCACACGCUCAUCGACCGAAACACGGGCGUGCUCGUGGUGCGGCCGAACGACAAGUCGGCCGCCUUCCUGGGGGAGUGGGCCGAGCGGACGGCGGGCGCCUUCCAGGCGUGGGAGACGGACCAGACCGCCUUCGACGACCUCCUGCGCGGCCGGAGGCGCGGGCACCGGCGCGCGUCGACAGAGGCGGAGCGCGAGGCGUGGCUGCAGAGGAAGAAGGACUACUGCGGCCUCCCGCCGACGACGAGCGAGGAGUCGACGAUGGGGCAGCGCUCGCUGCGGCCCAACGGCGUCCCGCACGCGACCGGCUCACGCUACCUCUACGACGUCUGCAUCCCGGGCGUCUCGCGGGCCUUCACCUUCGGCAUCAUGCCCGUGUCGCUGGUGGCCAACGGCCACACCUUCUUCGUGCAGCAGCUGCAGACGCAGACCGGCGUGCAGCCGAUGGCCGUGCACGCAACCUACCAGUUCGGCGACCUCGCCGACUGCGCCUUCGGCAAGCGCGAGCGUUUCCGCGAGUGGGGCCUCUGGCGCGUUCCCGACGACAGCCUGCUCGCGUCGCUCGCCGUACCAGAGCACGUCGAGCACGUCAACGCGCUGCUGCGGCGGCUCGCCGCCGGCGUCGCGCUUGGCCGGGCUCUCAACCGGACUGUCGUCUUGCCGCGCCUGUACUGCUACUGCGACCGCUACUGGGCUCGCCUCACCGAGUGCACGAUCGGCAGGCAGGCGCUGCCGACGCAGCCGCUGCCCUUCCGGUGCCCGAUGGACCACCUGCUGCCCAUCGGCGGCUGGCACGGCGCCGAGGCGAACCGCCUCGCCCGCCCGCGCUGCGCAGGCCCGACGCGGCCAGACGGGCCGCCCGAGGAGGGCUUCCCGUACCGGACCGCCGCCUGGCUCGAGCGGCUGCGCGAGAGCGCCCCCUUCUUUGUCUCUUCGGCGACUGUGCGGCCGGACGGCGGCGGGCGGUCCGACUCCGCCACGUCGCGCGGGCCGAGGCACGGCGCGCUGCUCGCCCACGGGCACACCAUCUCUCUGCCCGCCGGGGCGAGCGACGUGCGGCUGCGAGAAGCCUUUCGCGAGGCGGCGGGCCGCUGGUCGCGGCGGCAGCCUCCGCCGGCGGUGCCGCUCGCAGCGAGCCGCGAGCCCACGCUGCUGCACGUGUCGCUGGAAGACGCGGCCAGUCUGCUCGGCUGCACGUCCGAGCAGCCGGUGCUCGCGACCCUCUUUCAGAGGUUGUUCAGUACCCGAUGGUGCUACCGGCCCGAGGAGAUGACGGAGGUGCGAAAGACUGCGAACGGCACCGUGGACGUGUGCGUGUGGGGGUUCGAGUUGCCUGCUCCCCCCAAGCAGUGCGCGAGCAAUGCUGGGGGUGCGCCGCUUUGA